UUUUUUUUUUUUGUGUGUGUGGGGUAAUGGGGACAUAACAGCAGUUGCUAGCCGAGAGCUACUUUGGCGUUGACCACUGCGGACAGGAGGGCUUCAGGAUGCUGCAGUCUUAAGAAUGCUGGUUGUCGUAGCUCUGCUCAUUAUGGCUGUGUUGGGUGAAGCGGAGGUCUGCAAAGACCUGGAUAACUGCUCCAGUGCCAACGUCUCCAAGGACUGGUGCUACACGGGCCGGAUCCGCAGUACUGUGCUCCAGGGCCUGCCGUUUGGAGGAGUGCCCACCGUUCUCGCCCUCGAUUUUAUGUGCUUCUUGGCGCUGCUGUGUAUAUUCUCAGUUUUACGGAAGGUGGCGUGGGAUUAUGGCCGUCUUGCAUUGGUCUCUGAUGCUGACAGUAGGUGGAGUCAGCACUAUCAACGUCUGGACGAGCAGGAAUAUGUGGCCUCCGCCAUGCAAACGCCUGCUGACUCCCGAUAUGAGCGGCUCACCUCUGUGUCCAGCUCGGUCGAAUUUGACCAAAGAGACAAUGGCUUCUGUUCCUGGCUAACAGCCAUCUUCAGAAUAAAAGAUGACGAAAUCAGGGAAAAGUGUGGCGAGGACGCGGUACACUACCUCUCAUUCCAGCGACACAUCAUUGGUCUCUUGGUGGUGGUGGGUGUGCUUUCCGUGGGCAUCGUACUGCCCGUCAACUUUUCAGGAAACCUAUUAGAAAAUAAUGCCUACAGUUUUGGGCGAACUACAAUAGUCAACUUGAAGUCUGGUAAUAACCUGCUAUGGCUGCACACUAUAUUUGCCUUCUUUUAUCUGUUACUGACCGUGUACAGCAUGAGAAGGCACACCUCAAAGAUGCACUACAAAGAAGACGACUUGGUGAAGCGCACUUUAUUCAUUAGCGGGAUUGCAAAAUAUGCCGAAGAGAGUCAUAUAAAGCAGCAUUUUGAGAAAGCAUAUGAAAACUGUGUAGUUCUUGACGCACGAAUUUGUUACGACGUCGCCAAGCUGAUGUCCCUGGAUUCGGAAAGGAAAAAGACAGAACGCAGCAAAAAGUUCUACACAGAUCUGAUGGCCAAGGAGCAUGUGCCCACUAUGAUUAACCCCAAACCCUGUGGACACUUGUGCUGCUGUAUCAUCAAGGGCUGUGAGCAGGAAGAUGCGGUAAACUACUACACUAAACUUGAGUCCAAACUGAAGGAAGAAUACAGAAAAGAAAGAGAGGUAGUCAACACUAAACCUCUGGGAAUGGCGUUUGUGACCUUUCAGAAUGAAGCAAUGACAGCACUCAUUCUGAAGGACUUUAACGCAUGUCAGUGUCACGGCUGUCACUGUCGAAGAGAGCCAAAGUGCUCUCCAUUCACCAAUAUCCUCAACACGUAUAACUGGACCGUCACGUAUGCACCAGACCCACAGAACGUCUACUGGGAGCAUUUGUCCAUUGGCGGCCUCAACUGGUGGCUCCGCUGCUUUGUCAUCAACUGCCUUCUCUUCCUCCUGCUCUUUUUCCUCACAACCCCAGCCAUUAUCAUCUCCACCAUGGACAAGUUCAACGUCACCAAACCCGUGGAGUACCUGAACAACCCCAUCGUUACCCAGUUCUUCCCAACCCUGCUCUUAUGGUGCUUCUCAGCUCUGCUACCCACCAUUGUCUACUACUCUGCCUUCUUUGAGGCCCACUGGACACGAUCUGGAGAGAACAGAACCACCAUGCACAAAUGCUACACCUUCCUAAUUUUUAUGGUUUUGCUGCUGCCAUCUCUGGGACUGAGCAGUUUGGAUCUUUUCUUCCGCUGGCUCUUUGACAAGAAAUUCCUUGAUGAGGCAAAAGUACGAUUCGAGUGUGUGUUCCUGCCAGAUAAUGGAGCAUUCUUUGUGAAUUAUGUCAUUGCGUCUGCCUUUAUCGGUAACGCCAUGGACCUGUUACGCAUACCAUAUUUUCUCAUGUAUAUGAUCCGCCUGUGUUUGGCGCGCUCGGCCGCAGAGAGGCGCAAUGUGAAGAAGCAUCAAGCGUAUGAGUUUCAGUUUGGAGCUGCUUAUGCUUGGAUGAUGAAUGUCUUCACUGUGGUCAUGACAUACAGCAUCACCUGUCCUAUUAUUGUACCAUUUGGCCUGAUGUACAUGCUGCUCAAGCACCUGGUGGACAGGUAUAACAUGUAUUAUGCCUACCUGCCCUCUAAACUGGAUAAAAAGAUUCACUCGGGAGCUGUUAACCAGGUGGUGGCAGCGCCGAUCCUCUGCCUCUUCUGGCUGCUGUUUUUCUCCACUGUCCGCACAAGUUUUUUUGCGUCGACAUCGAUGUUUACCUUUGUGGUUCUGGUCAUCACCAUCAUCGUCUGCCUCUCCCAUGUCGUCUUUGGUCAUUUCAAAUACCUCAGCGCACACAAUUACAAGAUCGACAUGGAUGGUGUGGACAACGGAAGACCACCGGACUCAUCACCCCCUGUAAAGUCUAUGCAGACGUAUGUCGCUCAAGUGCUGCAGGACCCGACCUCAGACGAGACGGGCAGCGGUGAGGACGAGGCUCAGGGCUCCUCGCAGGACGAGGAAGCGGAGGAAGACGCUAUGUUCUGAAUCAGGCAUCAUAUGGACCAAGUUUGAAUUAUGUUGCACUACUGUGGACUGUUGCAAAAUGUGUUUAAAUGCACAGCAGAUUCUCUCUGUGGACAUGAAUGCUGGAAUUUGCCUAUGCGAAUACGUUUUUCUUUUGGUAUGCAUGGAUAUGAAUUAACAACCAUUUGUUUUCAUCUGUUUUAAUCAGGUUUAUCUUGAUUUUUUGUUUGUUUGUUUGUUUGUUUGUAUUAGUGCUAACAAAUGAUGUAGACAUUAUCAACAGUUCAUAAAAACUCAUAAAUUGUAUAACGCAUGGAAAACGUACCCAGAAAUCUUUGUGCAUCCUAAUAAUUGGGUUUCAUUCUGCAAGAGAACUAGAAAUAAGAGACUCUUUACUAAAUGACCCGUGUACAUUACCAGUUGCUCUCUGGCACUUUCUUGCCGUGCGUUUGGUUUAUUUGGGUGUAUAAAUUUACUUGUUGAAGUCUGAAAAAAAUGCAAAAACUAGUAAAUUCACCAAGUGUUACCAUGAAUGACGUUAAAACAUUUUUAUGUUCAGCUUUUAGCCUUUUUUACUACUACAACAAAUACAACCCCCAUUCCGAAAAAGUUGGGACAGUAUGAAAAAUGCUAAUAAAAACAAAAGGAGUGAUUUGUAAAUUAUAUUUACCAUUUGCUAUAUUGAAAACACUACAACUAAACAUUAUAUGAUGUUUUUCCUUGUGCAUUUCAUUGUUUUUUGUUUGUUUUUUAAGUACAGUAAUUUCAAAUCUGAUGAUUGCAACAUGCUCCUAAAAACUUGGGACAGUCGAGUGUGUACCACUGUGAAACAUCACCCUAAUAACACUUAUUAAGCAUUUAGGCACUGAAGACACUAGUUUGUUAAGUCUAGAAAGUGCAAUUUCCCCCAAUAAUCCAUUAUGGAGGUCUUCAGCUGCACAAUUGUACGGGGUCUUCAUUGCCGUAUUGUGCACUUCAUAAUGUGCCACACAUCUUCAUUUGGAGACGGGUCAGUACCCGCUCUAUCUGCUCAUACAGCCAUGCACUUGUAAUCCGGGCAGUAUGUGGUUUGAAGAUGUCCUGCUGGAAAAUGCAGGGAUGUCCCUGGAAAAGACGGUGCUGGAUGGCAAUAUAUGCUGCUCCAAAAUGUGAACAUAUCUGUCUUCAUUAAUUGUGCCCUCACAGAUACCCAUGCCAUGGGCACCAACACACCCCUGGCCCAUACAGACACUGGCUUUUGGCUUGGAUGGUUCUUUUCCUCUUUGACCCAGAUAACACGACGGCUUUGUUUUUCAAAAACAUUUUAAAAUGUGGACUCAUCGGACCAAAAAACACAGUUCCACUGUUCUACUUUCCAUCUAAGAUGAGACGGGACCAGAGAAGUCGGCAGUGCUUCUGGACAGUGUUGAUGUACGGCUUCUCCUUUGCACAGUAAAGUCUUAACAUCUGUGGAUGCAGCGGCGAAUGGUGUUGACUAACAAAGGUUUACUAAAGUAAUCCCAAGCCCAUGUUCAUGACAUCCGUUUCAGAUGAAUGAUGUUUUUUAAGAGAGUGACGUCUGAGGGAUCAGAGGUCACACGCAUUCAGAAGUUUUCGCCUUGCCCUUAACUGUUUUUGUAGGCUCCUUAUACAGUAUUAUGACUCAAUUGCCUCACUUGUUUCACAUCGCCUUGUUAUAUCAACUCAUAAAAUUGUUAUUAGUUUUAAAUUGUCCCGUCUCAACUUUUUGGAGCGUGUUGCAAUCAUCUAAUUUGAAAUGACUGUACAUUUAAGAAAUAACAAUGAAAUUAAAAAGGUAAAACAUCAUAUAAUGUUUAGUUGUAGUGUUUUCAAUAUAGCAAAGGGUGAAUAUAAUUUACAAAUCACUCCUUUUUUUUUUUUAAAGCAUUUGUCAUACUGUCCCUACUGUUUUGGAAUUGGGGUUGUACGUUACAUUCCUUAUAUUUGUUCCGUGACCAUCCAAAACCAUUAUUUAGUCUCAGUUUUGAAAUGGCAAAGUAACAUUUCACUCCGAAAUCAAAUGAAAAAAGAAAGAAAAUCAAUAAAAUUGUAGAAAAAGAAAAAAUAGGCUUAUUUUAGCACCGUUAUGAUUUUUUUGCAUUUUUAUUUUCAAGAUAAUCAGAAAAUAUUUCCUGCAAUUUUUAAUUUCUUCAGUGCAAAAAAACAAUAAAUAAAUAAAUCUAAUUUUGCAUUUCUGUAAUACAUUAAUAAAAAUCAACCUGUCCGGACACAAUGAUUUCAUUUAUUAUUACUAUAGUUGGCUUAAAAUGCUUAAUACUAAUACCAUAAUAUAUAAAUUGCUUUACAAUUUUAAUAUAAAUUUUUUUUUUUGGCGCAUUAUGGUAAUGAGAAAGUGAAAUAAACAGGUCACAUUUUACCCCAAAAUAAAUUAAAUAGAAAAAAAGACUAUAAAUUAUCAUUUUGAAAAAGAAAAAUUAAGCUUAUUUUUAGGAACGUUAUGAUUUUUUUGCAUUGCAUUUUCAUUAUAAUGAUUAUUUUCCAUAAUGCCAAACAAGCAACCUGUCUGGACACAAUGAUUUCUUUUAUUAUUAUUAUUAUUAUUAUUAAUAUUAUUAAAAUCAGCUUAAAUAAACUAUGUAAUACAUAUAUUACCAUGCUGUGUAAAUGUUUAACAAUUUAAAUAAUAAUGUAUUUAUUUAUUUAUUUGCACUUUACGCUCCUUAAAAUAUCAAAAUGCACUAGAGUCACAAUGCCAAAAAUCUUAAUGAGCUUCAAAUAUGCUUCAUUUUCUUUUUGCUAAAUUGUUUAUUUUCUUUUUAUUUGGUUGUGAAAUACAUCCUGAUUUGCUUGAUUAAUUUCAUGAGAUUCACCCUUUUAGAACAAGGCAACUUUAUGUUGAAGAAAUACUACCGAUAGAUAAACAGAAACCCACUUCUGCGAGCAGACGAUGACUGCGCUUGAAUACUUACUGUAAAAUGUGUUUCAUUUUCCCCCUACAAGCCUGAAAAUUGGCUGGAAAAGUCCUGCUAGCGGACCUUGUUUAUAGUUCUCGUUGUACCAUUUACUGUUUACAGGAAUAGCAGAGCAGUGUUUAAACUGUCAUUUUCUGCCACAGAAGUUGACUUGAACAGUUGGGUGUAUUUAAGCCUGUGAAUUCACAUUAUUUUAUGUAAAUCAUGCUAUUCUGAGAAGCUUUGUAACUUUUAAUGGAAAAACACUGUAGGCUAUGCACUCCAGUUGAAAUGUAUGUAACAAAAUCAUGUGUUUGUACCAAUAUUGAGCCAUUCAUUAGACCGCAUUGUCUAACUCCAGUGCUUUGUAUGCCUAAAGCUUAUAUACUGUAGGUGAUGACCGUAUGACUGCAUUCUGGAUCUAUUUAAGAAAAAACACUGUUUAGGCAUGAUGAGGUGGCAAUAAUUUAUUUAUGCAUCUUUAUAGGCUUUCCCCAUUUGUUACAGAUAUUGUCCGCGAUAUUUAUUUCAUUCAUCUGUGAUAUUGUCAUCUCUUGAUUUAGUGGUCUUUUGGCCUGGUGUGCAGCGGUUAAAACUGUAAUAUUUAUGUAAAUAUUAAAGGCAUUGCACUGCUCCUAAAACACUAUACUGUAUAGUUAAAGCGUGUACAGUCAACCACGAGUCUUUCUGUUUGCUUUGUCCUUUCAUAUUUCUGUCUGUCAGGAAGAUCUAAUCAUACGCUUGCGAUUGCUGUUUUUAGCAGUUUUGUAUCUCAGCCUCCCUUAAAAAUGAUCUUUUGUAUGAUGUCAUCCUCAAACUGCUCCAUGUCUUUCAAGAAUAAAAUAGGCAUUUACUGACAAAACUAUAUAAAGGAACUGUUCUUUGUUAUGGCUCUAUGUGCUCAUUUA